AGCCCGGUAGUCGGCCGGGAGAGCUCAGGGGGCUGCGGCGCGCUCGAGCGGAGGUGGCUGCUGGGCCGCGGGCUGGCGUGGGGGCGGAGCCGGGGACCGACUCCCGCACCCCCCGGCCCGUGCCUGGCCUUCUCCGAGGAGCUGGGAGUUGGUUUUAAUGGUGGGAGAGGGAAUGGGGCUGGAGAUCGGAGCCCCAGGGGGCUCCCAGGGCUGAAGACAACUCCAUUCGCCAGGCGAGUGAGUCCGGAGUCUGUGCAUCCUGGCCCGGGCCUGCGCUGCCCAACAUGGGGCCCGGGUUCCAAAGUUUGCAAAGUUGGGAGAAGAGGGACACGGACGCGCGCUGCGCCUGGCGAAAACUGGCCCCAGACUCACGGGGCGCACCGGUCGCCUAAGUAGCCUCCGCGGCCCCCGGGGUCGUGUGUUUAGCCAAGGGACUCCGGGGAGCGCGGGGGCGCCUCGGCUUCUGCUGAGUUGGCGGGUUUGGCCAUGGCCGCUGCCCGCCCCGCGCGUGGGCCCGAGCUGGCGUCCCCGAGGCUGCUGCAGUUGCUGCUGGUGGUACUGCUGGGGGGCCCGGGUCGGGGGGCGGCCUUGAGCGGGAACGCGACCGGGCCUGGGCCUCGCAGCUCCGGCGGGAACGGGAGGAGGAACGCGCCGGUGACCAGCCCUCCGCCGCCGUUGCUGAGCCACUGUGGCCGGGCCGCCCACUGCGAACCUCUGCGCUACAACGUGUGCCUGGGCUCGGCGCUGCCCUACGGAGCCACCACCACGCUGCUGGCUGGGGACUCGGAGUCACAGGAGGAAGCGCACGGCAAGCUCGUGCUCUGGUCGGGCCUCCGGAAUGCCCCCCGCUGUUGGGCAGUGAUCCAGCCUCUGCUAUGUGCUGUCUACAUGCCCAAGUGUGAGAAUGACCGAGUGGAGCUGCCCAGCCGCACCCUCUGCCAGGCCACCCGAGGCCCCUGUGCCAUCGUGGAGCGGGAGCGAGGGUGGCCUGACUUCCUGCGUUGCACCCCGGACCAUUUCCCCGAAGGCUGCCCAAACGAGGUACAGAACAUCAAGUUCAACAGCUCAGGCCAGUGCGAAGCCCCGUUGGUGCGGACAGACAACCCCAAGAGCUGGUACGAGGAUGUGGAGGGCUGCGGGAUCCAGUGCCAGAACCCGCUCUACACCGAGGCCGAACACCAGGACAUGCAUAGCUACAUCGCGUCCUUCGGGGCCGUCACAGGCCUCUGCACACUCUUCACACUGGCCACCUUUGUGGCAGACUGGCGGAACUCCAAUCGCUACCCUGCGGUUAUUCUCUUCUAUGUCAAUGCAUGUUUCUUCGUGGGCAGCAUUGGCUGGCUGGCCCAGUUCAUGGAUGGUGCCCGUCGGGAGAUUGUUUGCCGAGCAGAUGGCACCAUGAGAUUUGGGGAACCCACCUCCAGCGAGACCUUGUCCUGUGUCAUCAUCUUCGUCAUCGUGUACUAUGCCUUGAUGGCUGGAGUGGUCUGGUUCGUGGUCCUCACCUAUGCCUGGCACACUUCCUUCAAAGCCCUGGGUACCACCUACCAGCCUCUCUCAGGCAAGACCUCCUACUUCCACCUGCUCACAUGGUCACUCCCCUUUGUCCUCACUGUGGCAAUCCUCGCUGUGGCCCAGGUAGAUGGAGACUCCGUGAGUGGCAUCUGUUUCGUGGGCUACAAGAACUACCGCUACCGUGCUGGCUUCGUGCUGGCCCCCAUUGGCUUGGUGCUCAUCGUGGGAGGCUACUUCCUCAUCCGAGGGGUCAUGACUCUGUUCUCCAUCAAGAGCAAGCACCCUGGGCUUCUGAGUGAGAAGGCUGCCAGCAAGAUCAACGAGACCAUGCUGCGCCUGGGCAUUUUUGGCUUCCUGGCUUUUGGCUUUGUGCUCAUCACCUUCAGCUGCCACUUCUAUGACUUCUUCAACCAGGCUGAGUGGGAGCGGAGCUUCCGGGACUACGUGCUGUGCCAGGCCAAUGUGACCAUUGGGUUGCCUACCAAGAAGCCCAUUCCAGACUGUGAGAUCAAGAAUCGACCCAGCCUCCUGGUGGAGAAGAUCAAUCUGUUUGCCAUGUUUGGCACUGGCAUUGCCAUGAGCACCUGGGUCUGGACCAAGGCCACACUGCUCAUCUGGAGGCGCACCUGGUGCAGGCUGACUGGGCAGAGCGACGAUGAGCCCAAGAGGAUCAAGAAGAGCAAGAUGAUAGCCAAGGCUUUCUCUAAGCGGCGUGAGCUGCUGCAGAACCCGGGCCAGGAGCUCUCCUUCAGCAUGCACACUGUCUCCCAUGACGGGCCUGUGGCGGGUUUGGCUUUUGACCUCAAUGAACCUUCAGCUGACGUCUCCUCUGCCUGGGCCCAGCAUGUCACCAAAAUGGUGGCUCGGAGAGGAGCCAUACUGCCCCAGGAUGUGUCUGUUACCCCUGUGGCAACUCCAGUGCCACCAGAGGAACAAGCCAACCUGUGGCUGGUGGAGGCCGAGAUCUCCCCAGAGCUAGAGAAGCGCCUGGGCCGGAAGAAGAAGCGGAGGAAGAGGAAGAAGGAGGUGUGCCCACUGGGGCCAGCUCCUGAGCUUCACCACCCCGCCCCUGCCCCUGCGCCCAGUGCAGUUCCUCGGCUGCCUCAGCUGCCCCGGCAGAAGUGCCUGGUGGCUGCAAAUGCCUGGGGAACAGGGGAGCCCUGCCGACAGGGAGCCUGGACUCUAGUCUCCAACCCCUUCUGUCCAGAGCCUAGUCCCCAUCAAGACCCAUUUCUCCCUGGUGCCUCAGCCCCUAGGGUCUGGGCUCAGGGCCGCCUCCAGGGGCUGGGAUCCAUUCAUUCCCGCACUAACCUAAUGGAGGCUGAGCUCCUGGAUGCAGACUCGGACUUCUGAGCCUGCAGGGCAGGUCCUGGGAUGGGAAAGAUGCAUGCACCCUUUUCUGUGGCUCUUCUUCCUGAGAGCACACCUCUAGGGUCUCAUCUGACAGAGCCAGUGGGCCACGUGCCGGCUAGAAGAGUUCUGUGUGUCUGCCUCAAAGCACCGGACUGUGGGAACAAGCUGAAUAUAGCUAUUGAUAGGUCUCCUGUCAGGAGUAGGACCCCCCCCCCCCCCCGUCUCUGCCCCAACGACUAGAGUCUGGCUGGCAGUGUCAGUCUCCAGCAGAGCUGUGCUGAGACAGGGGUGACAUGACCCAGAGUGGGCUGUGGUGGUCAGUGAGGCAACCAAACCCAUGUCUGGCAGAUGAGGGCUGGCUGCCCUUUUCUGUGCCAAUGAGUGCCCUUUUCUGGCACUCUUAGACCAAAAGUGUUUGUUGUGUCAUUUGUCUUUUGUCUAAGUGGGGACAGGACUCUCUUCCUUCUCUUCCAGGUAGUUGUGAUGACCACUCCCAUAAGGGCUGUAGCUGAUCUCAACAGGUGGCCCUACCCCAGACACAUCCUCUGUUUUCCUGAACUCUCUUCCACAUUCACAUCUCCCUUCCACCAGACUAACCUCUUCCUGCUUAGCACCCUAAAACUGCAGUGCGUGUGCACACGUACACACACACAUACACACACAUACACACACACACACAUACACUUUACUACUGAGCUCAGUCUCCUGCUGAGAGAUUGGUUCCACUCCAGGCCUCUGAGAGACAUGUUCUUUCUUCCGCACGUCCAUCCAGUGGGGAUGGACUCUCUGACUUAAGGGGCUAUGUUGGGAAGUUUCUAUAGCUUGAGCUAGGCACAAAAGCUUCUUCUGACUUCUGUCUCUGCUGGGAAGGGGGACGCCCCACUUUUUUACAAUGUCUAGUCGUGUUCAUAGUACCCACAUUCAAGAACCAGACAGCAGGAUGUCUUAGAAGCUGCCUGGGUUCCAGGUCAGGGGAUCGGUAUGAGAAGAAGAAAUAUAAACAGUAA